GCCCGCGACACCCUCCACGAGAAAUCAAAACCCAUCCCCGCACGCCGUCACCGCCCCGCCGAUCACCGGAGAAGAAGGGCUGACUAGUCACUGCUAUCUUUCUAACCGACCGCGAAGAUGGACCAAGGGGAUGUGGCGCGGCAGCUCAAGCAGAUGACGGACUUCAUCCGCCUGGAGGCCGUCGAGAAGGCCUCCGAGAUCGAGGUCGCCUCCGCCGAGGAAUUUGAAAUUGAGAAAUUGCAACUGGUGGAAGCUGAAAAGAAGAAGAUCAGGCAGGAGUAUGAACGGAAAGAGAAGCAAGUUGCUAUCAAAAAGAAAAUUGAAUACUCAAUGCAGCUCAAUGCUUCCCGAAUCGAAGUUCUUCAAGCUCAAGAUGAUUUGGUAAAGUCUAUGAUGGAGUCAGCUGGGAAACAGCUAUUGUUCCAAAGCCGAGAUCAUCAAACCUACAAGAAACUUAUCAGGAUACUUAUUGUUCAGGGUUUGUUGCGUCUGAAAGAACCAGCGGUGAUUCUCCGCUGCAGGAAGGAGGACCGUGAUCUCGUUGAAUCAGUUUUGGAGUUGGCGAGGAAUGAAUAUGCGGAAAAAGCAAAUGUAUAUCCGCCUGAAAUCGUGGUAGACCGUCAAGUCUAUCUGCCUUCUGCUCCUAGUCAUUAUGAGGCACAUGGCCAAUCCUGCUCUGGUGGAGUUGUACUAGCUUCCCAAGAUGGAAAGAUCGUCUUCGAAAACACAUUGGAUGCUAGACUAGAAGUUGUUUUCAGAAAGAAGCUACCUGAGAUCCGUCAAAGCCUUAUGGGGCAGGUAGCUGCGUGAACAAUUCCUGUAAACAGAAUUAUGCACAGUUGCUGCUCGGUGCUCCUUCAUGAUCAAUGUCCAUGAAAUCAUUUGGGUAGCUCUUCCGUAAUUUACAUGUGUCAUUCUUUUGGUUAGGAGGAGAGCUUCUUUUCACUGCAGACUUUCCCUUACCAAACAAGCGAAAUAAACUGAAUAUCCAGGCUUGGAUGAUCAUAUGUGUAGUGAUGCCAUUUCUGUGGACGCGUGAUUUGUUUUCUCACUGGGACUUUUCUCUG